CAGAAUUGAGAGAAAAAAAAGCAGAAGGGGAGCCUCUGCAGUAGCUGCUGCGACUGUCGCGGCCAUGGCGUCCACCAUUCAUCAAGGCUCUUGCCAAUCGGAAGGGCGAGAGGAAAAUUUAUUACUCCUGCAAGGACACCGGUCACAGUCCACGCAUGAGUAGAGAGGAGUGGCCGCAUCACGUUCGCGGGAGGAGCAAACAGAGGAGGAGACGCAACGAGACAAGCAAAGAAAGAGAUAGAGAUGGGGAGAGAGAGAGAGAAAAGCUUUCUCUCUCUUUCCUUGCUCCCUCUCCCUAGUGCGUGGAGUAGUAUAGUAGAGCAGUAGAGCCACUGAACCACCUCGCUGCCUUCUUGCUGCUGCUGCUGCUGCUGUUCUUCGCGAGCCUCCUCGAUCUGCUUGUUCCUCCCUCCCGGUUCCAUGGACGCAGCGGCCGGGCCUUAGCGCCGGCGGUGGUAGUACACCAGCAACCUUGUGUCUCUGGGUUUCUUUGCAAAAGACUCGAGGAUUUUGUGGAUUUCAUUAUCAGAACGGGAAAUAAACUAUGGAUUCCAACGAGGACUCCCAUCGUGUAACACGAAGUGGGAUUGUUAGGGCAACACCUGCUGUCUCGAUCGAUGGUAAGGUUGAACCUGCUGGAGAGGGAUUACCUCCUGGGUGGUUGAAAGCAUACAGACCUCGGAAGAGCCAAUCGGGGUCUAAAAUCAAGGGUGAUACAUUCUAUAUUGAUCCAACAAAUAUGUAUGAAUUUCGUUCUUUAAAGGAUGUUCACCGAUAUCUUGAAUCUGGAGAUGUUAGUAAUUGUGUAAUGAUUCCAAAUAAGAAGAUCAAAGAUCUGCACACUGCAAGAAACCAAUCUCAUCAUACACAGAGACCAUCUGAUCAAAGCCAACUGGAUGUUGGUAAGGGGUCUGCUCAAUCUAAUUUACCAAUAACAGGAGAUGAAAAUACUCACAGUGAUGCUCUGGUAAAUGCAAAUGGUUCAGAUAAUUCUGAAGAUAUGUCAUCGUCAGAGCCCAGGGGUGUGUCCAAAGGGAAACUUACAGGGUUGAAGCUUCAGAAGGAAAGGGUUCCAAAUCAACCCGUAGAGCAUGAAUCUUCUACGAGAGAAGAAGCAGAUAUGGAGCAGAAGCCCAAGGAAAAGAAACAAAAAACUAAACCUGUCAAACAGAUUGCUACACCUCUUCGUGCGUCACCUCGUUUAGCUGCUUUGAAGAUUAACCAAGAAGCAAAUAAUGUGCCCAAAGAUGAACCUCCCAGCAUGCAUGCAGACACUGCUAAUCAGCUACAACCAAAGUGCUCCGAAAGACAGAAAGCAAAGGCUAAUUCCUCUGUACUUCCUGAGAAGAAAGAUGCAUCACAUACUUCAAAUGCUUCUGGAAAUGUGAAAAACAAGUAUCCUUCGGCUACCGAGCAAAUACAAGGAUCAUCUGUUUAUCCACAACAGGUUGGAACAGCUGAUGCUAUGCCUGGGUCUGCUAUUUCAUCAUUGUUGAGGAGUAUCUGGUCAGAUCCAUGCCUUAAGUUUGCAUUCAAGACUCUUACAGGUGACAUCCCUGUUCUAGACUUCAUCCCAUCACAGGACUUGAACAAAGGAUCGACACCCAAUUGUUCCUCGUCUGCUUAUGAUGUUAGUAGGAACCAUGCGCAAGUCGAUCAUGUCGGCCGGCCAAUGCCAAGGCCAUCAGAUAAGUUCUACAGCAGUGGCUGGUUUCCUCCCCAGUGAGUUCCUCAACUGCCAAAGCAAAUCAGAAGAAAGGCAAAGACUCCAGUCACAGCCUCGUAGGCUUCUUAGCACUCCUCGUUAGGUACCUUGACAAGGAUGCAUUUUGCAGGAAAGACUGUAUCUUGUUGCAACUGCUGUAGAUGAUUCGUCACUAAUAAGUAAUAACCUAAUAACAUACCCAUCGUAUGCUAAACUCGACAAUAUUUUCUGUCGUCUGAAUUUGUGUAGUAACCUGACUAAUAAUUCCUUUGUAUCAUUAGUGCAGACUAGAGAUGCUGACAGUACUCAGAUAGCCGAGCCAAUUGUCAUGCCAGGUUUCUGCUCUGUCAACAAAAGCCCCUUUCUGCGUAUUACUACCUGUAAUAACUUAGACAUUUGUUAUGGCAAUGUGCAUUGGACUAAGUUCUACUACCUAAACUGUGUUUCUGGUUAACCUGCCCUGGAUUUCUUGUUCUAUGGAGUAGCAAAUGCUGUUACCGGGCAUCCACUGCAUCGAUUCUUGGGGCUCCUCUGCAACACAUGAAUUUUACAGUGUUUUCACAUGAACUAGUUCAAUUUCUGAAAAAAUUCCAUGUUUCAAGAAGGCCUUCAAGUGCUCAAAAUGUGGCUGGCAUAUUUUUGUAUGUUCUGUUUUUGGCUCUCCAUGCUGUGGUUGGGCACUAAUUGUUGAUGCCAACACCAGUUGUUGGGAGAUGCAUUGGAUGCCAUGGAAGUACAGAUCAUUGGUCUUAUCUAUGCUUUCUGGAGUUGUGGUCCUUGACAACCAUGCUCAGAACAAUGAUCAGACAGGAAAAGGAUUUGCUGUUCUGAGAGGGUCCACUCCCUAAACUGUAAGACUGCAAGUCAAAAUUUCCUUGCAAAAAAAAAUGAUGUACUUAGCACUUUGUUAGGCUUUAUUAGUGGUUGAAACCUUUGGAGAUCAUCUUGUAAUGACCCUUGUGGCCCUAGAUUUUAUCAUAUUUACAAGUAGUGCCUUUAACUA